CUCAAUGAUUCCCACAAUCAGAUGGUCGUUCACUGGGCAGGAGAGAAGAGCAACGUGAUUGUGGCCUUGGCCAGGGACAGCCUGUCCUUGCUGGGUCCCAAAAACAGUGAUGUUUACGUGUCCUAUGACUAUGGGAAGAGUUUUAAGAAGAUUUCGGAGAGGUUCAGCUUCGAUGGGGGGAACAGCAGCGAGGUGGCCAUCGCCCAGUUCUACCACAGCCCAGCUGACAACAAGAGGUAUAUCUUUGUGGAUGCCUUUGCCCCGUACCUCUGGAUCACCACCGACUUCUGCAACACCAUCCAAGGCUUCUCCAUCCCCUUCAGAGCAGCAGACCUCCUCCUGCACAGCAGGAACCCCAACCUCCUCUUGGGCUUCGACAGGUCUCACCCAAAAAAACAGCUCUGGAAAUCAGAUGACUUUGGCCAGACCUGGAUAAUGAUUCAGGAACACGUGAAGUCCUUUUCUUGGGGGGUUGAGCCCUAUGACAAGCCCAGCACGGUGUACAUCGAGCGGCACGAGCCCUCGGGGGCCUCGACCGUCAUCCGCAGCACAGACUUCUUCCAGAGCCGGGAGAACAAGGAGGUCAUCCUGGAAGAUGUCGAAGAUUUCCAGCUCAGGGACAAAUACAUGUUUGCAACCAAGUCUGUGCGUUUGCUCGGCAGCUCACAGCCCCCCUCAGUCCAGCUCUGGGUCUCCUUCAACCGCAAGCCCAUGCGGGUGGCACAGUUCGUUACCAAGCAUCCAAUUAAGGAAUAUUACAUUGCUGAUGCCUCGGAGGACCAGGUGUUUGUGUGUGUCAGCCAUGACAACAACCGCACCAACCUCUACAUCUCGGAGGCUGAGGGCCUGAAGUUCUCCCUGUCUCUAGAAAAUGUGCUCUACUACAGCCCAGGGGGAGCCGGCAGCGACACCUUGGUCAGGUACUUUGCCAACGAGCCCUUUGCGGAUUUCCACCGCGUGGAAGGCGUGCGGGGCGUCUACAUCGCCACGCUGAUCAACGGCUCCUUCAGCGAGGAGAACAUGCGCUCCGUCAUCACCUUCGACAAGGGCGGCACCUGGGAGCUGCUCCAGCCCCCCACUCAGACCCAUUAUGGGGAGCACAUCGACUGCCAGUUGUCCCAGGGCUGCUCUCUCCACCUGGCCCAGCGCCUGAGCCAGCUGCUGAAUUUCCAGCUGCGCAGGAUGCCCAUUCUCUCCAAGGAGUCAGCGCCAGGACUGAUCAUUGCCACUGGCUCCGUUGGCAAGAACAUGGCAAGGAAAACCAAUGUUUAUGUCUCGAGCAGUGCUGGAGCAAGGUGGAGAGAGGCACUGUCUGGACCCCACUACUACACCUGGGGUGACCACGGUGGAAUUCUGGUGGCCAUCGCCCAAGGCACCGAGACCGACCAGCUCAAGUACAGCACAAACGAAGGGGAAACCUGGAAAGUGUUCACGUUCUCGGAGAAGCCGGUGUUUGUGUACGGCCUCCUGACCGAGCCCGGCGAGAAGAGCACCAUAUUCACCAUCUUUGGCUCCUACAAGGAGAAUGGCCACAGCUGGCUGAUCCUGCAGAUCAACACCACUGACGUGCUGGGGGUCCCUUGCACAGAGAAUGACUACAAGCUGUGGUCACCCUCGGACGAGCGAGGCAAUGAAUGUUUGCUGGGGCAUAAAACCGUUUUCAAAAGGAGGACUCCUCAUGCGACCUGCUUCAAUGGGGAAGACUUUGACAGGCCUGUCAUGGUCUCCAACUGCUCUUGUACGAGGGAGGACUUUGAAUGUGAUUUUGGCUUCAAACUGAGCGAUGAUUUAUCCUUAGAAGUUUGUGUCCCUGACCCUGAGUUUGCUGGGAAGCCCUAUGACCCACCAGUCCCUUGCCCUGUUGGCUCAACCUACAGGAAGACUCGAGGCUACAGAAAGAUCUCUGGGGACACUUGCACGGGUGGAGACAUCGAGUCGCGGCUGGAGGGGGAGCUGGUGCCGUGCCCGCUGGCGGAGGAGAACGAGUUCAUCCUCUACGCCACCCGCUACUCCAUCCACCGCUACGACCUGGCCUCGGGCGUCAGCGAGGAGCUGCCCCUGGCCGGGCUCAGGGGGGCUGUGGCCCUGGAUUUUGACUACGAGCACAACUGCCUGUACUGGGCUGAUGUCACUCUGGACAUCAUCCAGCGUCUCUGUCUCAACGGCAGCUCUGGGCAGGAAAUAAUCAUAAGCACUGGGUUGGAAACAGUGGAAGCUUUGGCUUUUGAGCCUCUCAGCCAGCUGCUCUACUGGGUCAACGCUGGGAUUCCCAAAAUCGAGGUUGCCAAUCCAGAUGGAGACCUGAGACUCACAGUCCUCAACUCCUCGAUACUGGAGCGACCCAGAGCCCUGGCUCUGGUUCCCCGAGAUGGGUUGAUGUUCUGGACAGACUGGGGGGACUCCAGGGCUGGCAUCUACAGAAGUGACAUGGACGGGUCGCUGGCGGGCUGCAUCGUCUCGGAGGGCGUGCGGUGGCCCAACGGCAUUUCUGUGGAUGACCACUGGAUCUACUGGACCGAAGCCUACAUGGACAGGAUCGAGAGGGUGGAUUUCAAUGGGAUGCAGAGAUCUGUGAUCCUGGACAGCCUGCCUCACCCCUAUGCCAUUGCUGUAUUUAAGAAUGAAAUCUACUGGAACGACUGGUCACAGCUGAGUAUUUUCAGAGCAUCCAAAACCAGCGGCUCCAGGAUGGAGAUCUUGGUCGGCCGACUGAACGGGAUCAUGGAUAUGAAAAUCUUUUACAGAGGAAAGACAACAGGGCAGAACGCCUGCAUCACCAAGCCCUGCAGCCUGCUCUGCCUGCCCAGGUCCAACAACGGCCGCAGCUGCAAGUGCCCCGAGGGGGUGGCCAGCACGGUGCUGCCCAGCGGGGAGCUCAGGUGUGACUGUCCCCACGGCUACGCCAUGAAGAACAACACCUGCAUAAAGGAAGAGAACACGUGCCUGCCCAACCAGUACAGGUGCUCCAACGGGAACUGCAUCAACAGCAUCUGGCAGUGUGACAAUGACAAUGACUGCGGGGACAUGAGCGACGAGAAGAACUGCCCAACCACCGUGUGCGACACCGAGACCCAGUUCCGCUGCCAGGGCUCGGGGACCUGCAUCCCCCUGUCCUACAAAUGUGACCUGGAGGACGACUGUGGGGACAACAGCGACGAAAGUCACUGUGAAGCUCACCAGUGCAGGAACGAUGAGUUCAGCUGCAGCUCAGGGAUGUGCAUCCGUCUGUCCUGGAUGUGUGAUGGGGAUAACGACUGCAGGGACUGGUCUGACGAAGCAAACUGCACUGCAGUUUAUCACACCUGUGAGGCCUCCAGCUUCCAGUGCCACAAUGGCCACUGCAUCCCGCAGCGCUGGGCGUGUGACGGCGACGCCGACUGCCAGGACGGCUCUGACGAGGACCCUGCCAGCUGUGAGAAGAAGUGCAACGGCUUCCAGUGCCCCAAUGGCACCUGCAUCCCCACCAGCAAACACUGCGACGGCGUCAGCGACUGCUCCGACGCCUCGGACGAGCAGCACUGUGAGCCCCUGUGCACCCGCUACAUGGAUUUUGUGUGCAAGAACCGCCAGCAGUGCUUGUUCCACUCCAUGGUGUGCGACGGCAUCAUCCAGUGCCGCGACGGCUCCGACGAGGACGCCAGCUAUGCUGGGUGCUCCCAGGACCCCGAGUUCCACCGGACCUGUGACCAGUUCAGUUUCCAGUGCCAGAAUGGGGUGUGCAUCAGCCUGGUGUGGAAGUGUGACGGGAUGGACGACUGCGGCGACUACUCUGACGAAGCAAACUGUGAAAACCCGACAGAAGCCCCAAACUGCUCCCGGUACUACCAGUUCCAGUGUGGGAACGGGCACUGCAUCCCCAACCGCUGGAAGUGCGACGAGGAGAACGACUGCGGGGACUGGUCUGAUGAGAAGGACUGCGAGGGAUCUCCAGUUCAUCCCAUUACCACGCUGAUCCCCCCGACGUGCCUGCCCAACCAUUUCCGCUGCAACAGCGGCGCCUGCAUCAUGAACAGCUGGGUGUGUGACGGCUACAAGGACUGCUCUGACGGCUCUGACGAAGAGGCCUGUCCCACCCCAAGACCCAACGUGACAGCCACGUCCCCAGCGCUCCCGGGGCGCUGCAGCCGCUUCGAGUUCGAGUGCCAGCAGCUGCACAAGUGCAUUCCCAACUGGAAGAGGUGCGAUGGAGUGAGGGACUGCCAGGACGGCACCGACGAGAGGAACUGCCCUACUCCCAGCAGCCUGUCGUGCCCCAGUGGCUUCAGGUGUGAGGAUGGGGAGGCCUGCAUCCUGCUGACAGAGCGCUGUGAUGGGUACCUGGACUGCUCAGACAGCAGUGACGAGAGGAACUGCACAGAUGACACAAUCGUGUACAAGGUCCAGAACCUGCAGUGGACAGCUGAUUUCUCUGGUGAUGUCACCCUGACGUGGGCUCGGCCAAAAAGGAUGUCCUCGACCUCCUGUGUCUACAACAUCUACUACAGGAUGGUCGGUGAGAGCAUCUGGAAGAUCCUGGAGACCCACAGCAACAAAACCAACGGCGUUUUGAAAGUCCUCAAGCCUGAUUGCAGCUACCAGGUGAAGGUGCAGGUGCAGUGCCUGAGCCGGGUCUACAACACCAACGACUUCAUCACGCUGCGGGCGCCCGAAGGACUACCAGAUGCUCCCCUCAACCUCCAGCUCUCCCUGAAGAAGGAAGCUGAGGGUGUGGUGAUGGGCUGGUGGAGUCCCCCCGUGAACGCCCACGGCCUCAUCCGGGAAUUCAUCGUGGAAUACAGCAGCAGUGGAUCCAAGGAGUGGUCAUCCCUCAGAACCACCAAGAACUACACCGAGAUCAAGAACUUGCAGGUCAACACUCUCUACACAGUCAGAGUUGCUGCAGUAACCAGCCGAGGGGUGGGAAACUGGAGUGAAUCCAAGUCCAUAACCACGGUCAAAGGCAAAGUCAUUCCUCCCCCUGUCAUCCACAUUGAGAGCUACAGUGAGGACUCCAUAAGUUUCAGCCUAAAAAUGACCACAAAUAUCAAGGUCAGUGGCUACGUGGUCAACAUCUACUGGACAUUCGAUACCCACAGGCAGGAAAAAAGGACUCUGGUCAUAGAAGGAGAAAAGUCCAUCCAAAAAGUGGCCAAUUUGACAGCACACACCCCCUAUGAAAUCUCUGCUUGGGCUAAGACGGAGCUGGGUGACAGCCCUCUGUCCUUUGUGCAUGUGGUGACCAGUGGCACCAGGCCUGUGUCCCCAAGCCUCAAGGCCAAGGCCAUCAACCAGACGGCCGUGGAAUGCAGCUGGACUGGCCCCAGGAAUGUGGUUUAUGGAAUUUUCUACGCCACGUCCUUCCUGGAGCUGUACAGGAGCCCCCACAACAGCACCACCAGCGCGCACAACGCCACGGUGCUGGUGCAGCGCGACGAGCAGUACCUAUUCCUGGUGCGGGUGGUGUCUCCCUACCAAGGGCCCCCCUCUGACUACGUGGUGGUGAAGAUGAUCCCGGAUAACCGGCUGCCGCCGCGGCACCUGCACGCCGUGCGCACCGGGAAGACGUUCGCCGCCAUCAAGUGGGAAUCGCCCUACGACUCACCCGACCAGGACAUGCUCUAUGCCGUGGCAGUUAAAGAUUUGGUGAGGAAAACAGAUAAAAUCUACAAAGUGAAAAGCCGGAACAGCACGGUGGAGUACACCAUAAAGAAGCUGGAGCCAGGAGGGAAAUACCACGUGAUUGUCCAGCUGGGAAACAUGAGCAAGGAAUCCAGCAUGAAGAUCAACACAGUCCCCCUCUCUGCACCGGACGCCUUAAAAAUCAUCACUGAAAACGACCAUAUUCUGCUUUUUUGGAAGAGUUUGGCGCUGAAGGAAAGUAAUUUCAAUGAAAGCCGGGGCUACGAGAUUCACAUGUUUGACAGCCUGAUGAACAUCACAGCCUACCUGGGCAACACCACAGAGAACUUCUUCAAGGUGUCCAACCUGAAGAUAGGCCACAACUACUCGUUCAGCGUGCAGGCCCGGUGCCUGUACGGGGGGCAGAUGUGUGGGGAGCCAGCCACGCUCCUCUACGACGAGCUGGGAACGGGUAAAGACUCCUCAGCCACCAAAUCGGGCCAGGCCACGGACGUGGCUGCCAUCGUGGUGCCCGUGCUGUUCCUGCUGCUGGUGACCCUGGGCAUUGGCUUUGUGGUGCUCUACAUGAGGCACAGGAGGCUCCAGAACAGCUUCACUGCCUUCGCCAACAGCCACUACAGCUCCCGCCUGGGCUCGGCCAUCUUCUCCUCGGGGGAUGAUCUGGGAGAUGAGGACGAUGAGGCCCCAAUGAUAACUGGAUUUUCAGACGACGUCCCCAUGGUCAUCGCCUGAAGCGCAUUUCUGACUGUACAAAACCAAAUGGUGUAAAUAUUUUAUUUGAUAAAAAUAGUUGAUUGUUUAUUUUAAAAAUGCACUUUGAGUUGCAAUACGUUAUUUUUAUAUGGGCCAAAAAAAGAAAAAAAUAAUAAUAAUUUUAAGAAUACACUUUGUAGUAAUCAACUGUGAAUUGCAGACUAGGUUGGUUGAGUAACAAAUUGCUUUGAUUUAACAUUAAUUUAGUCUUACAAGGCUAUGCUUGCUGGGCAUGCUUUUAAGUCUGUGAGAUAUUUUCCGUUGACUAAAUUGGCUACUCAUUUUAUUUUUCUAAGACAAGAAUAAAUUUAUUUAAAAAAAGAAAAAUUCAGGAGAUUAUAUAUGUAGAGAGAGAUAAUAUAGUCCCUGAAGGUUUUGCUUUUACUUUAGGACAAAAAAAAAAUCCUUUGGACUUUGUUUUAUAUGAAAGUAUUUUUGUUGUGUUAAUUUAUUGGGAAAUCUGCUGAGGAACAGAUUUCCAGAGUCGUCAGACAUUGUACACAUUCUUGUGUAGAACAUGUGCCACUUUAUCUUGCAAGGCAGUCGUAUCUUGGCAUCCCCAUCGUUGUCCUUGCCACGAUAAUAAAAACCUUCAUUUUCACAGAGUUUUUCUCCCUUUUAAAGACCCAAUCUUUGAGCAAUCUUAAAGUACAGCAGCACAUUUUUUUUAGGGGUGACUUUUGGCUUCCUGCUGCUGUGGGAAGUCAAAAAUAGCCCCACACCAAGAUGUGCUGCCCAAACCCUUAAUUAAUUAAUCUAGAGUUUACAACCUGACUUAAUUAAUCUGGAGCUUACAAUCACCCCAUCACUGGAACAAAAAAUUGCCACUUGCACCUUAAAACUGAUUUUCCAGGUAUUUUUAGGAUACCCCUCCUCCGUGGAGCUUCCCUCAGAUGCCAGCACGGUGGUGGGACGGAAGGGGGAAUCUCCAGUGUGUGCAAAUCCAGAUUUUCCACACUCACACGGAGCAGUAAUUACUGAAAAUUUAAAUUAAUUUAGCCCACAGCAGGGAUUUGAUGCUCCCUCGUCGGAAUUUCCUAAAAGCAGCUGUAGUUUUACCUGCAGCUUUGGAAAAAAUAUAAAUAUACACACACACACAUACAUGUUAUUUUCUCAUCUCACAUUCCCAGCAGACACAACACUGGCUGCAGAGCCAAAUGCAAAGAGUCUGCUUGCCACUGUUUGGAGCUUUGAUUUUGUGACAGCAAAAUGUGAAUUUCACCAAAAAAUGUGAACCUCACCACUACCUGCCAACCCAGGGGCACGACAGGAGAGGAUGUUCAGGGCUCUCCCCUGGCUGUGCUCAAUAUAUGCAAAACUUCUCACCAGGAAAUGCAGCACACUGUCUUGUCACACUGUUUUUGUGAAAAACAAAGGUAUUUUUGCUGUGUAAAUUAAGUUAUAAUUGCAGUCUUCCUACAGAUGAAACGAGAGAGGCCAACUAUGUUUUGAUACGUGACUGAUCCAUUUAAUUUCACAAUAGAAAAAUGUAUAAAAAAAAGUUGAAGUCUGGAUGGUUUGAUACUCUAGAGAAAUACUGACUCUAUUUUCAAUUACUGCUGUUAGCAUUCCCGGUGACAGAUUUUUUUUUCCUCCCCACCAAAGCUGGGACCAAACUAGAAUCAGAUUUUUGUAAGUAGCAGCAAGCUCGCAGAGUUGCAAUAUUUUUAGCUUGUCAGUGGAUCAGGUGCUGUUCAGGAGUUGAACUUUUGAGGAAAAUCAACCCAGCACAGAGAGCUCAAUUUGCCUGGAGUUACAGCUACACAGAGAGACCAGACUCUGACCCAGAGGCUAAACCAGCCUCAAAAACAUAAAUCAAAAGAUUUUAUGCAGGAGAGGAAACCUAAAAAACAGAGAUAAGGAGUAUUUAACCCCUUAUUUAUAAAGUAAAUUUUUUUAGCACAGUUAACUGAAAAUUACAAUGUAGCAUCCCAAAAUCUGGUGCCUCUCUGGUGAGGGUUAGGAGUGGUUAAAUUCUGAUAUUUUACUCCCCCAGGGUAAAUCCUGCUGCAGUAAAAAGAGCAGAAUUUAGAUUCUAGCCCAUCUCUGCCCAGCCAGAUGCCAAGGGGGACCCUUGUAACCACUUUAUAUCCUGCAGAAAUCCCUUGGCUGGAGAUUUCCAAGCAUCACCUGGGGGACAGCUCACUCCUGGCCACUCUGAAAGGCUCCUGGCUCGGGGACACUCGUGCAGAGCAAAGCAUUUUGUACCCAAAACCCAAGACUCUUGGUUAAAUCUAACUCUCAAACACAGUUUGGGCAGAGCAGAGCCCUCUGUGGAGCCACCCCUGCGUGCCCAGGGGUUUGGGGACACUGCAAAGCCCUUGUGGGGACAGCACUGUCACUCAGAGCUGUCCCCAACCCUCCCCUUCACUGCAAAAAUCACCACUGUGCUCUCAGCAAAGCAACUUUCACAGGGCUAGUGCAUUUUAUAUAUAGAGAUAGAGGAGUCUGGGCUCCAGGUGGGGAGUACCCGAUGCAGUUCUGGGGUAAAUUGUAUAUUUUUAUGAACUUUUGAAGCACGGAAUCUUGUUCACAGAGACAUACAGGGGGUGGGAGGGUUCUGCUGUAAAUAUGGUACGUGGUUGUGGAUGUAUAUUUUGUUCUGGUUUCGUUUCAGUAGCCUUAUGUGACGUGACAUGACUUGCUACCCUAAAUUUCGGGAGGUGAUUUGAGUUUGCUUUAUAGGAACCCAGUAAAAUGUUUGGAUCUGUAUGGAAAACUAAAAAAGGGUAUGCAAAAUACUCUGGUUAGGAGGAACUUCCAGCAGUUAAUUUGUGUUUGUACCCAUUUCAGAGGCCCAUGAGUACUCUCAAGUCCAUUUGAACAAAAGACUAAGGUUGAACACGAAAAUCUCUUGAGGUUUUGGACCAUGAGGCUUCUUUUGCUUUGGCUCAGGCUUUUUGUGAGGUUUCCUUUUUUGUGUUGGGGGUUUGGUUUUUACAAGAAAGGACAAGGAGGUACCAUUUCCCAGGCUGGAGACCUAUUAAAGGUCAAUAAAAGGCUCUUUUCAGUCUGAAUAAACCCCAUCUGUGGGUUGCCAGCCCUGUAAAAAUCUCCCUGAACCCAGUGAGAGCAGAGCCCAUGCAGGAGCUCAAGCUUCCAGCCUCCCUGGGGUUUGUACCCCAGGAAAACUGCAAGAGGAUUUCAGAGAGGGGUGAAAUUUGGGGAGAAAGCCCCUGCCUGCAGAUAUUUCAUGUGCAGAAGAGCCAGCUCUCCCUGCCCUAACCUGCUCCAGGUGCUCCCACCUUGUCACAGCCUCAGCCCCAGGAAAAGCCUCUUUUCCUCGGACUCAGAUCAAGUUGUGGAGAUGUUUGGGAGCUCAGAGGCAGCUGGGAAGGGGAGGGGAGAGCAGACAGGCAGAGCUGGCUGCCAGCAUCCACGUCUUGUGGAGCUUUGUGUUUGAUGGUCACCUUGGUGGUCACCACACAAUUUCACUUCUCCUGUUCCCAGAGGCACCAAAACUCUCACAUUACCCACCAGGGAAGCCCCAGCUGGGCCAAGGGAACUCUCCCUGAGCACAAUUCCCAUUCCUGGCAGGGCAGAUCUCAGUGUGAGCAUCUCCAUGCUUGGAAUCAGAGUAAAUUUAAUGACAAACUUCACCUACUCGCUGAUGGAAAAGCAAAAUGUCAUUUUUUCAGCAAAAAAACCUCCACCUUUUCUGAAACAGCUUUCAAGUCUCCUUCAAAUGAACUUGAGAAGGGAAAUGGUGCAAUAACUCAGCUACUCUUGGACCCCCAAGAGCAUCUUUGUUCCUGGAAAUAGCUGCAACAUUCUAAUUAAUCCUUACAAACCUGCAUCAGUCCACAAGCAGCCAGCCUCUAAUAGAGGUAGUGUCACCUUUGAAUCAGGUUCUUUAAGUGAAGUUUAAUGUUAUGCUAUUUAAAUUGCUACUCUGUGUCCUUUAUUUGUUUGGUUGUUUUGGUUUUUUUUUUUUUUUUUUCAUUCAUUGAUUUUUGCUAUGUAUUAUUGCACAAUUUUGAAAGAGUUUUUGUCUGUCCAUUUUUUCCCCCCCACUUAAUGAUAAUAAUAAAAAAAUGAAUUGGGUAA